AUGUAUUCGGUUCAGGCAAACGCCGUUCCGAGUAUUAGGGAUGUACGUGAUUUCUCUACCCGCAAAGCUACCGGCAGAGUCGCGGAAGCCAACAAUCCCGCCGGCCGGAGAGCCAAAGCCGUUAGAUUUGACGAGCCGACAGAACCCGACGAGGAAUUCGAGUCCACAAAACCUCCUGCGAUAAACGACAAGCCGUUAAUCGGCAUUCUAUUGCAGCCGGGCGACGGCGAUGGCGUGAAGGCGCCACGUUUCACCUGCUUCCCCUUCCCUUCCCUCCCCUUCCCUCCCCUUCCCUCCCCUUCCCUCCCCUUCGCUCCCCUUCCCUCCCCUUCGCUCCCCUUCCCUCCCCUUCCCUCCCCUUCCCUCCUCUUCCCUCCCAUUCCUUCCCCUUCCCUCCCCUCCCCUCCUUCCCUCCGCUUCCCGCGCCCUCCCCCGCCGUCCCGCACCUUCCCCCGCCGUCCCGCACCUUCCCGCGCCUUCCCUCGCCUUUUCUCCCCUUCCCGCCCAUUCCUUCCACGUAUCUCCCCUACCCGCCAGUGUCGUGGUCUUAUAGCCAGCGCCACUCCGCCUCUGCGAGUGCGGCGGGGGGAGGCGCGGCGGGUGGACGUGGCGUACAACGUGGAGGAGGAGGAGGAGGAGGAGGUGGCGGCGGAGGACGCCAUGCGCGAGCAGGAGGCGUGGGAGCGCUCCUACGCCAACGACCGCUCCUGGGAGUCCGUGCAGGAGGACGAGAGUGGGCGGCUGCGCCCGGUGGACGUAGCGGGGCAGCAGCGCAGUGAGAGGGAGAGGAGGCGGCGGCAGCAGGCGGGGCAGGCGGGGCGGGUGGGGGCGCAGCGGGUGAGGCGCGGCAUCAUUCGCUACCUCGUGCUCGCCCUCGACUUCUCCCGGGUGGGUGGGCCUCUCUUGGGUUGGUGGACCGUGGAGGUGAGAAGGGUUGUGAUGACUGCUGCCAUGCCAUGUCGCUCUUGGAAGAGGCAGGCAGCGAGUGAGGUGGACAUGAAGCCAUCGCGCAUGGCAGCCAUGGCGCGCAGCAGCGAGGCAUUCAUUCUCAACUUCUUCGACAGCAACCCGCUCAGCCACCUCGCCCUGCUGCUGCUGCGUGACGGUGUCGCCUCGCAGCUCUCAGAACUCACCUCACCACCCGAUGCGCACAUCAAGGCGCUGCAGUCCAACCUCUCCGCCUCGGGACCCGCCUCCCUGCAGAACGUGCUGGAGGCAGCAGUGGAGGCGGUGGCGCACGUGCCGGCGUACGGCCACCGCGAGCUGCUGCUGCUCUUCGCGGCGCUCGCCUCCACCGACCCCGGCGACAUCCUGCCCGCCAUCCGCCGCGCGCGCGCCGCCCACCUGCGGUGCUCCAUCAUCGGCGUGGGCGGCGCCGAGGUGCACAUCUGCCGCCACAUCGCCGAGCAGACGGGCGGGCGCUACAGCGUCGCCAUGGAUGACGCGCAUCUGAGGGAGCUGCUGAUGAGCCAUGCGCCGCCACCACCGGUGCAGGCGGGCAGUGCGGGCAGUGCAGCCAGUCUCGUGCGGAUGGGCUUCCCCCAGCGCGCCCCCGAGGGGGCAGCAGCGCUGUGCGCCUGCCACAUGCACCUCCGCCUUGCCGCCACCUACGUGUGCCCCAGGUGCCGCUCGCGGGUGUGUGCGCUACCAGCAGAGUGCCCGGUGUGUGCGCUCACGCUCGUGUCCUCGCCGCACCUCGCCCGCUCCUACCACCACCUCUUCCCCGUGCCGCCCUUCUCCGAGGUCCCUCUGCCGCCCGCUCCCAAGAGACCUGCCGGGCAGGCAGCCCCUGCCGCCCCGCACAGCGGCCUGCCGCUCGCCUGCUUCAGCUGCACUGCCGCACUGCCUUUACUCG